UCUGCAACUACUAGCGCUGGCUUGGUUUAUGCUUUUGUUUUGAAAUUUAGUUGAACCGGAAGUGUACGCGCUACCGGAAACGUCUGUAUACUGUAUUUGAUAACACGUGGAUUUGACACUCAACACUGCCGACGCACUUAAUAAUGCCAAGUGAUUACAGUUUUACACAGAAAAGUAAAUUUUAUAAUAGUGUCUAUUCGUAGCAAAUAUUACAAAUUGUGUCACACGACAACUGGCGACAUGGAGUAAAAUUAGCUUGCGGCCAAGCUACAAGCUAAAAGGUAGGUUAUUUACUGUAGUCAUGGCUGAUGCGUUUAGUAGCAGCUCGGAAACCGUAAUACAGCGUCAAGUUGACGUCCAAAAUGCUAGGAGCACACCUCUGGAAAAGCUUGACGAGUUCUAUCAAAUACAGAAAACCUGCGAUUUUGUCCGUCAGAAUGACUUCAGGAAGGUUGCGCUGCAGUUUCCUGAUGAACUCCUGCAUGACUCCACCGCAAUUGCUGCCGAGAUAGAAAGAAUUACUCAGGCGAAGUUGUUCAUUCUAGGGGACACAUCCUAUGGCAGUUGCUGCGUGGAUGAGGUGGCAGCAGAGCACGUUGGCGCCGACUGCCUGGUGCACUACGGCCGCGCCUGCCUGAGCCCGUCCAAACGGCUGCCCCUCAUGUACGUCUUUGAGAAAGCGAGCAUCGACUUGGACAAGUGCAAUUCGGCCUUCCGAGAAUUGUAUACUGACACUGAGGCCCAUAUACUCAUACUCUACGAUGUUAGAUACACACAUUCUAUUGAUAAUCUUGUAUCACUGCUAUGUGAGGACUAUCCAAAUGUUGUUUCUUCACAACUUGUUGUGGAAGGCGAGCAAUGUUACAGCCACGGCCAGAGUAAAAAAGAGCCUGACUCUGCUGUAGACAAGCCCUGUAUUCACUUCGGAAGGCAGUUGUCCCUAAAGAGUGGACUGAGCAUCGAGGAUUAUAAUAUGUUCUUCGUGGGCCAAGAUGGAGCAACUUUGCGCAACUUCAUGAUGACGUGGAACCGCUGUUCCUUCUCCUCUUUUGACCCCGAGACAUCUACCGGGAGGGCAGAGUCGGCCGGUAUCAACCGCGCACUGAUGAAGAGAUUCUACGCUAUCGAGAGGGCGAAGGAUGCCAAUGUAGUGGGCAUUUUGGUGGGCACUCUUGGCGUGGCCAACUACCUGACUAUAAUCCAGCAGUUGAAAGACGCUAUCCGCAGUGCUGGCAAGAAGAGUUACGUGUUUGCAAUGGGGAAGCUUAACGUGCCCAAGCUUGCCAACUUUCUGGAGAUAGAUAUUUUUGUUUUGAUUUCCUGUCCUGAGAACGCACUACUGGACUCCAGUGAGUUUUACCGACCUGUGGUAACACCAUUCGAGAUGGAAGUAGCCUGCAAUAGGAACAGGGAGUGGUCCGCGCAAUACGUCACUGACUUUCGACAUCUUUUGCCAGGUGGACCAAAUUACGUGCCUCUGCCAAAAGAGCUAGAAGAAUGUGACGAAACAGACGUGUCCUUAAUCACCGGUGCUAUGAGGAGCUACAAGCUUGACUGCGAUCUUGCAGAGUCCUCAAACAGCUCUUCACUUGUCUUAAGAAACCACACACUGACCGUGGCCAACUCCAACUCUGCCGCAUCAUUUCUGGCAACUCGGAGCUGGCGUGGCUUGGAGCAAAAGUUGGGGGAGACGCCUGUGGGGAAAGCUGUGGAAGGCAGGAGAGGUAUCGCUAUUGCCUAUGAAGAAGAAGGAGGAUAGUUGACAUUAUUUUAAAGAAAUUUUGUGAGUUGUGCAUUUCAGUUUGCAUACAUCACUGGUCAUUCACAGGAACUUCCUCCACAAAGGAUACAGGAAAGAUGCCAGUGUUUCCAUUAGAAUGUCCUUCCAACCAGUCCUGGUUAACUGCAGGGGGGAAAAAAGUUUGAUCAUGUCUGAACUACAAAGAAAAAAAGUGAUAAAAGGGGUGCUUUCUCACUUUUACUGAUGAGAGUGAUUUUAUCUCCCUGGUUAAAAUUGAGAUCCUCAGGAUUUGAUGAUUCGUAAGAGUGAAGUGCCACAAAAACAAUCUCAUUCUGUGGUUGCUGUACUCCAGUUUGCUAAACAGGACCACUUAGUAAAUUUAGAUCAAUUUUAUGGUGGGUGUUUAAAUUUUUAUGUACUCACGUCCUUGAUAUUACACCACAAUGUCAGGUGCUUGUUCUGAGCGCGACCCCAAACGCUCUCCAUGUCUGUGUUCUCAUUCAAGACACUUGUUGGAUCUGAUGUCAACCUUCAUUGAACGCAAAUUUGUGCACAACUUAAUCAUGUAAAAUGACACUUGUAACAUGUUAAUCUUACCUCAACGUGACUGAAACGGUGGAAACGUUCAGUUUUUUACUGAUCUUUUCGAUAAGUGUCGAGUAAGUGGAGCCACUUGUUAGAGACACUGCAAAGUUGAAUGUGUAAUGCACUUUGACAAUACACGAGUUGUCAGGAAGUUGGGCCUCCUGAUGUGAGGACAAAAUCAUGUAGAAAGUUUUUCAAUUUUUUUUUUUUUUUUAAUGAUUGCAUACCUCCUGCCGUAAAUCUCCAUUGCUUCUGUCUGUACGAUUGAGACCUGAAGAAAAUGUCAUUCACAAAUUUCACCAAUCACCAAACAUAUUUUUGAAAAUUAUGUUCAAAUAAUUAAUGCACACCUUGUUUCCUUUCUGGCCUGGUCGGUGGUUCCCGAUUUGGAGGUUCUGAUAGUUCCUGUUUACCAAUAAACAGAAAACAGCGGGGAUUAUAAAAUCAACAUGGCCUUCAACCAGAUCCAAUAAAAUGUUUUGACUGUGACAAUGAACUUCUCACGUUCUUCUGCUUAGUAUCCAAGGACAUUUCCAUGCGUUCCAGGUAAUUGUAAGGAACAAGUCCCUUCUGUGUUCAAAUCAUAGUUGAUAUGUGAAAUUUAGAUUGAGUACAAAUGAUGUAUAGUAUAGUAAGGCAAGCAGUCUCACUCUUCCGUUAAAGACGACUGAGGCCCAGUUGUCGGACCCUUUCUGCAGAACAAACACAAUAUUGCCAGGGACAACAGCCAGCUCGUCGCUCGUCUCGGGGAUAAACUCGUAGCGCACGAUGUGAGGGUCUCCUUCCAAAGCCCUAAGAAGAUCAGUUGUUUGUAAUGUAAUAUCAGUGGUGGAAUAUAAUGAAGUAAAAGUACUUCGUUACUGUACUUACAGUUGU